CUGGCCCCACUCUUCUUGCCUUUAUUUCUUCAAAUACCCCCAUUUCGUUCACUUUUUCCCAGGAAAAACAGAGAGAAAAUUUGAUGGGAAACUACAGGUUUCAAUUCUCGGAUAUGAUGCCCAAUGCCUGGUUUUACAAGCUUAAAGACAUGGGAAAACCCAGAAACCAUGGCUAUUCUUCCAACAAACACCACCACCAGAUUUCAUCACCUUCUUCAUCAAUAUCACAGCCAUCAAAAACCAAGCAGCCCCACCAUUUUUAUCCCAGAAAAUCUUAUUACUUCACUCGAGAGCUUGUCCCCAGUGAUGGAUUUUAUGUUGCUCCAACAAACAACAAAUCUGCAGGUUCCCAUUUACUUGACCCGCCGAGAAAAUCCUCUCAAAAACGAUCAAGGAAAAGUAACAUCAGGUCUUCUUCUUCUAGGAAGCUUGUUAGCUCCUCUGUUUCUGCCGGUUGUCGUUAUCGUGCCACACUCUGGACAAAGCCUGAUUCUCCGCCGCAAUACUCAGCUUCUUCCUCCUCUGAUGGUGUCUCUCCGCCGCAAGAAUUCAGGUCUGACUGCGUUCUUACGACUCAAUCGUUCGAUAAUAUGGUUUCCUUGUCGCAUUCUUCUAGCUGCAAAGCCAUGGAUUCUCAGCCCAUGGACAUCGUCGUUGUCGAUGAAGGUAGCAAGAAAUUCAACAAGAUGGACGAGUUUGACAACUUUUCUGAACUUCAACUCCCUCGGAUCAUAACUAAGCCCGUUGAAUUCAACUAUAAGAAGGAACAGAACAUGGAACCAACAAAUCAUCGAAGGAAUUCAGCUAAAUUUGAAGAAAACAAUGUUCAUGGUUCAUAUUUAGUGAAAGAAAACAAGAAAACGUGUCAGGGGAGGAGAUCUUGUGUGAAUUCUACAGGGCUAAGGCUGAGAAUAAACUCUCCUAAAAUGGGAAGCAGAAGACUACAGGGUCAUGCCCAGAAAAGCAUGUCUUCGAGUUCGAGGUCGAGGUCGAGGAGGAGUCUGUCGGAUAGUUUCGCGGUGGUGAAGUCGUCGUUCAACCCUCAAAGAGACUUCAGAGAAUCAAUGGUGGAAAUGAUUAGGGAGAACAACAUCAGGACAUCAAAGGAUUUGGAGGAUUUGCUGGCCUGUUAUCUUUCCCUUAAUUCUGAUGAAUAUCAUGGCCUUAUCAUCAAGGUUUUCAAGCAAAUAUGGUUUGAUUUGAAUGAUGUCAGCUUCUAAUUAUUUUCCC